UUAAAUGUCAAAGACAGGCAGCAAGCAGCGCUUACAGAGGCAUUUUUCUGGAAUCUCAGUCACGGAUCGAUUGAAGUGCACAGGGUCUGAAAAAAUGUCUCCUAGCAUAAAAAACUUGGAUUGUUUUUCUCCGAUGCUAUGCCACUGUAAAGUAGCAUGUACCAACAACACAAUAUCUUUAAUGUUUGGAUGUAAGAAAUACCGCUAUCAGGAUGAAGACACACCCCCCCAGGAACACAGCUCUCCACACAUUGCCAAUGAGGUGACAGGUCCAGAGCUGGUUCAUGUAUCAGAGAAGAAUCUGUCCCAGAUUGAGAAUGUCCAUGGAUUUGUUUCCCAUUCUCAUAUUUCACCAGUAAAGCCCACAGAAGCUGUUCCUUCCUCUUCUCCCAUUGUCCCUGUGAUCCCUGUCCCACCAGUCCCUGCUGAGACCAUCCCAUCCACCAUACCACAGGCAAAUCCCCCUCCAGUGCUGGUGAAUACAGAUUCUUUGGAGACUUCAACAUAUGUCAAUGGCACCGAUGCAGAUUACGAGUAUGAAGAAAUUACUCUUGAAAGGGGAAAUUCAGGACUUGGCUUUAGUAUUGCAGGUGGUACAGACAACCCACAUAUUGGGGACGAUGCAAGUAUUUUCAUUACAAAAAUUAUAGCCGGGGGUGCAGCUGCACAGGAUGGAAGAUUACGGGUCAAUGAUUGUAUCCUGCGAGUAAACGAGGUGGAUGUUCGGGAUGUGACACACAGCAAAGCCGUGGAGGCGCUGAAAGAAGCAGGGUCCAUUGUACGAUUGUAUGUCAAAAGGAGAAAACCAGUCACAGAAAAAAUAGUGGAAAUCAAACUUGUGAAAGGCCCCAAAGGUCUUGGUUUCAGUAUUGCUGGUGGUGUAGGAAAUCAGCAUAUACCUGGAGACAACAGCAUUUAUGUAACCAAAAUCAUUGAAGGUGGGGCAGCACAUAAAGAUGGCAAACUUCAGAUUGGAGACAAACUUUUAGCUGUCAACAGUGUUUGCUUAGAAGAAGUUACUCAUGAAGAAGCAGUGACUGCCUUAAAAAACACAUCUGACUUUGUUUAUCUGAAGGUUGCAAAACCCACCAGCAUGUUCAUGAAUGACAGUUAUGCCCCUCCUGACAUCACAAACUCUUAUUCUCAGCCAGUGGAUAACCAUAUCAGCCCAUCUGCCUACCUGGGACAGGCCCUGCCCCCAGCAUCCCCAGGGAGAUACUCACCAGUUCCCAAGGGAAUGCUUGGAGAUGAUGAGAUCACCAGGGAGCCUAGAAAGGUUGUCCUACAUCGAGGAUCAACAGGUCUUGGUUUCAACAUUGUUGGAGGAGAAGAUGGAGAAGGAAUUUUCAUCUCUUUCAUCCUUGCAGGAGGGCCAGCUGACCUGAGUGGAGAGCUUAGGAAAGGAGAUCGUAUCAUUUCUGUAAAUGGAGUAGAUCUAAAAUCAGCAACCCAUGAACAGGCAGCAGCAGCCCUGAAGAACGCAGGCCAGGCAGUGACUAUUGUAGCUCAGUACCGUCCAGAAGAAUACAGUCGUUUUGAAGCUAAAAUCCAUGAUUUACGGGAGCAGAUGAUGAACAGUAGCAUUAGCUCAGGAUCAGGAUCUUUGCGAACCAGCCAGAAGAGAUCCCUCUAUGUCAGAGCUCUUUUUGAUUAUGACAAGACUAAAGACAGUGGCCUCCCAAGUCAAGGAUUGAACUUCAAAUUUGGUGAUAUUCUCCACGUCAUUAAUGCUUCUGAUGAUGAAUGGUGGCAAGCACGACAGGUAACUCCAGAUGGAGAAAGUGAUGAAAUUGGAGUUAUCCCAAGCAAACGGAGAGUUGAGAAAAAAGAACGAGCUCGUUUAAAGACAGUGAAAUUCAAUUCCAAAACAAGAGGAGAUAAAGGGCAGUCAUUCAAUGACAAGCGUAAAAAGAACCUCUUUUCCCGAAAAUUUCCCUUCUACAAGAACAAGGACCAGAGUGAGCAGGAAACCAGUGAUAUUGACCAGCAUGUAACCUCUAAUGCCAGCGAUAGUGAAAGUAGUUACCGUGGCCAGGAGGAAUAUGUGUUGUCAUAUGAACCGGUCAAUCAACAAGAAGUCAGUUACACUCGACCUGUGAUUGUUUUGGGACCCAUGAAAGACAGAAUAAAUGAUGACCUGAUCUCAGAAUUUCCAGACAAAUUUGGCUCAUGUGUUCCACAUACUACUAGACCAAAACGAGAUUAUGAGGUGGAUGGACGUGAUUACCAUUUUGUCACUUCUCGAGAGCAAAUGGAGAAGGAUAUUCAGGAUCACAAAUUCAUUGAAGCUGGCCAGUACAAUAAUCACCUCUAUGGAACAAGUGUCCAAUCAGUGCGGGAAGUAGCAGAAAAGGGUAAACAUUGCAUUCUUGAUGUUUCUGGUAAUGCGAUCAAAAGGUUGCAGAUUGCCCAGCUGUACCCAAUCUCCAUUUUUAUUAAACCCAAAACAGUGGAAAAUAUCAUGGAAAUGAAUAAACGCUUAACGGAAGAGCAAGCCAAGAAAACAUUUGAGAGAGCCACGAAACUGGAGCAAGAAUUUACUGAACACUUCACAGCUAUUGUCCAGGGAGACACUCUGGAAGAAAUCUACAACCAAGUGAAACAGAUCAUAGAGGAACAGUCUGGUCCUUACAUCUGGGUUCCAGCAAAGGAAAAAUUAUGAAAACAGAUUUUUAUUUUCCAUUUUCUAACUGACAUCACCUACUACAUCUGACAACUCUUAAGCCCUUCCAGUGGAGCCUGCCUCUAGUUCUUCCAGCGUGGUUCAUACCCUAACCAUCACAUUCUGCAGUUCCCAUAAUGCUUUACAUUUGGUGUCUCUCUUAGUUUAAAUAAUUUGUAUUAUU